CUUCCAGAACAGUACUCUUCAUCACUUCACUUUAUCUCCUUGCGAGGUCAAUGUAUGGCGCCUGAGACCCUGGACCUUGCCUGGAAAACAACAAUUCCCAAGAUGCAGUGGUGCAGGUGGGCAGGCAACUGGAAAUCACACCUGCCAGGAAAGUCCUCUGGGCCGGAGCAGGACGACUCCUUCGACUUCCUCUUUAAGAUCAUCCUGGUGGGAGACUCAGACGUGGGGAAGACCUGCGUGGUCCAGAGCUUUAAGUCUGGUGUCUUCAUGGAGAAACAACAAAACACUAUCGGGGUGGACUUCACCGUACGAACCAUGGACAUUGAUGGCAGGAAGGUCAAGCUGCAGGUGUGGGACACGGCUGGACAGGAGCGUUUCCGCACGAUCACCCAGAGUUAUUACCGCAGCGCCCACGGCGCUAUAGUGGCCUAUGACAUCACACGGCGUCCAACUUUUGAAUCUGUGACACACUGGAUCCAGGAAGUGGAGCAGUACGGGGCUGCUAGCGUUGUUCUCAUCCUCAUUGGGAACAAGUCGGAUCUGCAGUCGGAGAGACAAGUGCUGUUUGAGGAUGCCUGUACUCUGGCUGAGGGGAAGGGUGCGCUGGCCGCCUUGGAAACCUCAGCCAAGGAGGCCCAGAAUGUGGAAGCAGCCUUCGUGCUAAUGGCCCGGGAGCUGAUGGUUAGGAACGGCCUGACCAUCACAGACGAACACUCACAGGCCUCCCCACCCUUCCCAAACUCCCAUCCUAUCCAUGGCUCCGAUUCCACGGACAGGAAAUCAUGUUGUUGAGAGAAAUGAUGGGCAAGGUGGACAAGAGGUUGUUGUGCUGAUGGAGCUGAUAACUAUAUAAUUAACCUAUAGAUAAACUAUAAUUGUCUGGAAUCAAUGUUGGCACAAAGCCUGCUAGUUUUAGACUGCCACAUCUAAAGGUGCUGUCAAGAAGCGUGUUGGGAUAGAGGCUAGGGGUUGGGGAUGUGUGUGUCUACUAUAUUGUGCGUUGGUGGGGAUGGAAUAGAUACAAGUAAUGUAGUGAUGAUUGAGACUAUCACUGCCACUGAAAAGUCCCACUCCAGCUGUAUUUUUUAAACUUUUCCCAUUGAAAAACAAUAUUUCAAGUAUAAAUACAGUACACACAUUCAGGGGUAAAAAAAAUAUGUUUUGAGCAAAAUAGUUUUCUUUUUUUAAAUUUACACAAUUGCGAAAUUCAAGAGUUUGCCAAAUCAAGGAGUUGGUCUGAUGGUGCACUCUGAGGUCAUCGGAUUUUCCCUUUGCUUGCAGGAACAAUAGAGGAGCAAUGGACCACCUAUUUUGUUAAGUAAAUCAGGUGAUAAAUUAGGUUCUAGGGAGGCUGGAGUGGGUCUUUAACUGUAGUUUUAAACUUGGCUGCCAGUAGUCACCUGUCCUUAUCGUACUUAACCUACUACUAUUGUCUAAACGUAACCAGUAUUUAAUAACCAAACGUGGUAAAAGUAUCCUCUGGCCACCUGUGGUCUAUUGUAUGUGGCAAAAUGACUGGUUUCAAUGAACACUCCUACUGUUUGAUCUUUUACCUUCUUUUUUUUUAUUGUCUUCCAGCUUGUCAAAUAUAGUGUUG